UUCAUCAACACUAUACAAAGCAACUUCUCUGAUAUAAUAACAAGGACCUUUAUCAAUAUCACAUUUGCUUGCCGAUACCCUGUUAAUUACAUGCUGCAACAGCCUAACGGAGAGAAUAAAAUCAGUGUUGACAUCAGAACCAUUACACUGAACACAGAAGAUGGGAAUUUUUCUGUCUCAAUGAUAUUGUACAAGGACCCAAAUUUUGAGGAUAUGUGGACUACUGUUCCCUUUCUAACCCUAGAGGAUAACAUCUUUGUCAAAGUCAAUAUGGUUCCAGGUCAUUUAAUAAUCCAGCUUGAAAACUGCUGGUCUACACCAACAAAGAAUCCUUCUCAUCCUGUUCAAUAUUCCUUUAUAGAAGAUAGCUGCUCCCAAGUUGUCAAAGAUGAAACACUGUCAGUAAUAAUGAAUGGCGAAGGUGCAGAAGCAAUGUUUAGGAUCCAGAUGUUCAAGUUUGUUGGCAUCUCUUACAAUGACAUUUUCCUACACUGCACAGUUCAGAUUUGUCACAGUACAGCAGCUGUUUGCAAGCCAAAUUGUACUAAUUAUGGUAGAAUAACCAGGAAUAAAAGAGAAACUACACCAUUUCCUACUCUCACAGUCUCUUAUGGUCCCAUCAAGCGAAAGCUGGCAGAUGAUGGAGAAACUAACAUAAAUAAAGGAAAACUUCCACCAGUUGAAACCUUUAUCCUUGGAGGAUUGCUUAUGGCAUUUUUAGUUAUAACUGGAAUCUUUGGAAUACUUUUGCUUCAGUCAAGAAGAGCAUAUCCUCCUAUGCAAGCUCAGCUGACUAUGUCACAUUUUCAUAACUCAGAAGUAGCAUCAUAAUUAGCUGAUUCCUCUAUCUUACAAUAUUUGGUCUGAGUCACAGCAAGGGUCAUGAGGCCUAAUAGGGUACCAAUCUCAAAUUAAUGUUUAUUUUAUACAUGUAUGUGAUUUUUAUUUUUGAUUCAACUGAAGGCCACAGAUUAAUGAGGCUACACUUUUCUGUUCAUUUUCAUAAUAAACAGUAGAGUUUAUUAUGCAAUUGGUAAAGUAAUGCAUGCUGAGAACCUAUAAUUAUGUUUUCUGGAUUAUUUUAAUUUACCACAGACUUGUCAUUUUCCCCUACCUAAAAACCGAGAUAUUUUUCAUCUCCUCCUACUCUACCCCAAAAGGCCACCCUGAUUGUUAUGGCAUAAUCACCAAUUGGCUAUUGUCUCAAAGAUAAACAGACUGUUUCUGACUGAAGCUGAUGCUGAGUCACUGGUAGAAGUCAUGGAAUGGACACUUAAACUACUACUGUUUCAGUGACUAUGAUGGUAUCAAAAGUAUCAUUUGCAGGAUCGUCAAAGUCAUCAAUGUUCUACUCUUCCCAUUCAAUAAACAAGUUUCGCUUCAUUUCAUUCAUUGGCACGUUUUAUUUUGAAGUACAUGAAGAAACUAAAUUUCUGCAUUCUUUGAGAUGAACAUUAAUCCUUUGUAUCUUGCUAUUUGACACUUUUUGACAGACUGAAGGGAUCUGGUUACUUCAUGAUCAAAAUUAGUAGUCUAGACUUAAUCCCAUCGCUGUAACAGUGUUAAAACAAUAGACAGGCCAUGAUUUGUUACAGAAACCUAGUUGGCAGUUUGCUGUCUACAUUACAAGUUUUAACUAUUAUAACUGGGAAUGGGAAUAAUUGCAUUGAAAGCAGGAACCC